CAGGAAUUUCCAAACAGAAACUACAACCUACUGAACUUUUGUGUUUGUGAUCGCUACUUGAGACAAUAAUCAUCAGUUAUUUCAAAGUUUCGGAAAUUACGCCAUGGUUCAGAGUCUUGUCAAAUGUCGGUGUUUUUGAUUGAGAAACAGAAGGGAUAUUACCUCUGACUAGUGAAAACUAGUUUAUAUUCAGUAGAGCUGCUGAUGAAUCAAAUCAGACUGCCCAAACAGUUAACAGCAUCGAAAAUGUUUGAUUAGCCAGUCAAUCUCAGUAUGGAGGAGAUGGAUGAAUUCCGGCAGCAGCUUGCGGCAGCCAUCUUUGAUGGAUCGGAGACAAAAGGACCGAUGAUACAGAUUCUGUAUGCUGAAACUCCCUUCCGUCAGAAGUUCAGAUGUGUGGAUUUUGGCACUCUGUUAAGGAACAACUCUCAGUCAAGGAAUGCGGUGAGAAGCCUGACUCAAGGUGUGAGCAUCCUGGAGAAGUAUGGCCGCCACCUGCUCAAGCCCCCGGAACACCGUUCCAAUAUGUGGAGACAGAUCAAGUUCAGUAACACCAUCUUCAGGGAAAGAGUGGAACCAGUAAAGGGAGCAAGGGAAAUUCUGCAAAAAAUGGGCUACACAGAGACCCGUCUGGAUGGAGUUGCCUUCCCUGAGGGGGCGGAGCCAGACCAUAGCCAGGUGCUGAACGUGGUGCUGGAUCUGAUGAUCGGGCGCAAAGAGCUGGAACAUUACCUGGAGAACCAGCACCCCCAACCUAGCAGCCUAGAGGAUUGCCUCGCCCCAGGUUUCAGGCAGCUGCUGGAAGGUGGUGACCAUCUACAGGUGGCUGGGGAGACUGGUAUACCUCAACCUUUGACUGGACUUGAGGUUCAAUCCUCCACAGGGUCUGCCUCUCAUCAAGAAGCCCAUGGGCCAGCUCACAAGCAACCAGUCAUAAUGGAGUCACAGCCAGUUGGGAUUCCCAACUCGUCACCUGCCCAGGCCUUGCAGUCACAGUAUAGACAGGAGAUGGAGGAACAGCCAAGGGAACCACAGAGUAUGCAGGUUGGCACUGGUCAUCAAAGGUUAGAUGUUAUGAAUACUGGAGCUCAGAGUAUGACACCAGGCUAUGGAGGCUUACAGCUACAAGGUGUGGGAUAUAAUGGAAUGGGAAAUCAAAUGCCUGGCCAGUCCAGGUUUACACCUGGCCAGCCUGCAUCUUCGUUGGCUCUACAACGUAAUUUUCCUCAACAGUAUAAUCCAUCAGUUACUGCUCAACAAGCAUGGUUGAGACAACAGCAGCAGAUUGCCAGCCAAUUGGAUCCAAGCUUUCAUAACCAGCCAUUACAAGGCAGCCAGUCAACAAGAGAGCCACAUGAUGAGCCCAGCAACCUGCCUGCUUUGCCUGGACACAGUCCAGUGUGGCAAACCCCUGGUGUACAGCAGUUGCAAACUCAACAGCAUGCACAAGAAUACCAGGGGGCCAGGCCAAAAUACAGCCCUGUACCAGAUAAACAGGCUGACGAUAUAUCAUCACCAGAGGAAAAUAAGGCUGGAAGUUUAGUGUGUGAGAUCUGUGGUAAGCACACAGCAGACGUGCUCUGUCAGAUGUGCGGGAGUAAGCAGCUGUGUCGCGAGUGUGAUUUCAAGUGGCAUAGCCACCCCAAACGCCAGAACCAUAGCUUGGAGAUGCUCCGUCGGCCCUCUGUCCAGUCUGGGGUCCCAGUUUCUGUAAAGCCAGGUGAUCCUGAAGGAGCUGGUUUAGGUCAUAGGGCACCAUUAGGGUCAGAGGAGACAGUGCCUGUGGUUUUGAGACGACCUCCAGAUCAACAAGCCUCCGGAGAACCACAGAGGAUUUCAGGCUACGGCUUCCCACAGCACCAAGCACAUGAUAACUACAUGUCCCAACAAAGACUGACUCAGCAGCGCCUGAGCACGCCGGAAACCCCUGAGAAGAUGCCCCAUUAUCCCAGCAACAUGCAAUAUAACCCCACUUUCCAUGCGCAACAACAUGGAAACAUGGUUGGCCAUUCUUCGAAUGGAUCAAAUAUGUCUGGAGGGUACGUGUACGGAUCCCAACAGCCGCCCAUGGUCAGCUACAUGGGCUACCCUGCCGGAAUGGUGCAGCAGCCGGGACACAUGGGCCAACAGUUCUUCUAUGCCCCCAUGUAUCCCAUGCAGUCUGGCCUACCCUCCCACAUGUCCAUACAGGGCAGCUAUGUCGGCCCACAGGGGUCUGGGGUUGGGGAGAUGGGGAUGCAACACUCUCAGUCAGAGUCUGCAAUCUCACGGUCCCCUAGUGUCGGUCCGCUGCCACAGAGGUCAAUCUCUGAGAAGCCUCAACAUAUGAAGCACUCAACAUCUUCGCCUAAGGUCAUAGAGAAUGUUGAAACACCAUCAACAGGCAGAAGCACUCCCUCAUUUGGGUCAGCUUUAGUUUUUACACCCUGCUCAAGCUUGCUGCCGAAGAUUUUGGACAUAUCUGAUCAUCACAAGAGGCAUAGUAAACUGGAAAUAUUAAUAAUGGAUUUGAACGAAGACUUGCACGCAUGGGAUAAAACACUGAAUGAGAUUAUGCUGGAAGACCCAAACUUCUUUAAUAAUGACAAUUACCAGACCCUUACAAGAAGGAAGAGAAAGCACUUGCAGGAAAUAACAGAGCUGGAUAAAUACAAAACAGAGCUUGAGAGAGAGAUACAUGAACUAGAAGAGCAGAGGGGUAAAGAGGAUGAGGCAAGAAUGUUGAGAGAUAGAUUUCAGCAGAUACAAGGUAAGCAAGCUGGUCAUGCACAGAAUACAACAGUGUCAGAUAAUUCCCAGCAGGGUUACCCGCUGUAUGCUGACUUCCAGCCCCAGGGUCCCCCAGGGAGCAGCCGUCAACCACCAUAUGGCAUAAUACCUCCUAACGUGCCACAGGUCAGCUCUUCUUAUGUCAUGGUGUCAACAGUCCAUCAGUCAGUGAUGAGUUCCGCCCCAGGACACAUUGUUACAUCGUCUGGGCCAUAUCAUUCAGCCUACAAUCCUCAAAAGUAUGGGAACCCUGAGGAAUCCCCACCUGCUCUGGCCAUAGAAAGCAUGAAUGAUGGCAACAUUGAAGAAAUCAAGCGGAUGCUAGUUCUUGAUCAGAAUCCUCAUGCACCAAGAACCAACAUCGCCAUGGUGCCAGCUCAGGAGCAGAGAGCAGAACAGGUGGCCUUUCCUCCAAGUAUUGAAGAGAUCGAGUCCAAGGUUUCCCAGGGGCAGGUGAGAAAGUCAGGGGUUCAGGAGGGGCUGGGUGCUGACAUGGAGGGGGCCAGAUGGCAGUGUGACCACUGUACCUACCUUAAUGAACUGUCAGAGAAGGUGUGUGGGGUCUGCUACAGGACAUCUGACCAGAAGAAGAUUGUCUAUCAGAGUGGCGGAGCUGAGGUACCUGUACUUGAUCAACCUAGUGUUCAGAAGGCAUCUGAGGAAAUGGAACGAUGUGAACAUUGUACUGUGGAUAACCCUCGGGGCACAAAGGUGUGCCAGGUCUGCAACAGGUCUCAGGACAAGUAUCAGAAAUUGGAGCCCAUACUGACCCUACAGCAACAACAACAGCAGGUUCUACAACAACAACAGCAGAUCCUAAUUCAGCAACAGAAGCAGCAGAAACCACAUCAACAAUGUAAGGUGAAGCCCCAGAUGUCAGGAGAAGGAGAGCAGCCCAUGUCACCGUACGAGAUUGUUGAUUCAUCAUUUAAGGGGGAGCCAGCUUCCCCAGGCCAGCCAAAUGUGGGCAAACUUAUAAACGAUGAGCAGGACAGGAUAUAUUUUGAGAAGAAGAAGGCCCAGGAGGAUUAUGAGAGGAAACAGCGGGAGGAGAUGUCUGCCUCCAUGAGCAGAAUGAAUAUCAGAGAGCCGGAGACCAGGGCUGGAUGCCAAGAGAGAGGGAGGUAUCCAGGGGUGUCAGGUGCGGCAGUCACAGGGGGUGCAGGGAAUGCAAAGAUGAACAUAUCGGGUGAGGAGAGAAUCCCCGGUCAAGCUACAACCACCCCACAUAAACUGACUGUGCCUAACAAGAAUCUCACCAGAAUAAGACAAAAGUCUGAUCAGGACAAGUCCAGUGACCACAGCAGUGAUGAAAUAUACACCUCAGCACCCAGCAGCCUUGACCCCACCUUGGACCAAGCUGAUCCUCAUCAGACAGGCAGAGUUGAUUCUCCAAGGAUGCAGGAACCAGGUGGUAGAGUGCAUGAGGGGAGAGGGAAGAAGCCUGAUCUGAACUUUGAAGAGGCGAUACAGAAGAUAAACCAGAGGAAGGAACAGGAGCAGAUGUACCAGGAUGGCAAGGAGCUGCUCUUGCUAAUCAGGGGAGCAGAGAAGGAGGGCUUCGAGUUCAGGGAGGUGGAGCUGGCUGUCCAGCUGUGUGGGACCCAGGGACUGCAGCCCCUCGAGUGGCUUCAUGAUGUUUGGCCCUCACUUGCUGAGCUUGUUGCCAACACAGCCACUGCAAAUGGGAAGAAGGCCCCCCAGAAUGAUGUUGGGGACGUCUCCACACAGGAGGCAAGGUCAGCACUGCUCAAGAGUGCUGGAGAAAUUGAGAAGGCUGUCAAACAGUGUGUUGAGGACAGAAAACAAAAGUAUGCAGAGGUAAGUGCUAGCGGAGAGUUUGCACGUGAGGAUGUUCUGACAGCCCUGUACCAACACAGCGGGGAUGUAGAGGAGGUCGUGGAUCAGCUGAACCAGGCCCUGGUGCAUGCAUUCCAGGGAAGACUCUGGGAUGAACACCAAAAUGGCUGCAAUGAGGUGUUACUGGCAGCUAGAGCAGCCGGCACAGACAGCCUCUCCAACAGCGUUAUCAGCAAUGAUGACUUCCAGAAUAUUGUCAAGGACACCAACAUUGACAAAAAUCGUCGUAUUCGUAUGGUGUUUGUUGAGGGUAAACUGCGGUCAUGGGGCCGGGCGGAGACGGUGGUGCGAAUACUAGAUGAGGAUGUUGCCGGGAACGAGGGCUCUCUCCAGGUUAUACACCACUAUGUUUGUUGCACCCUGGACGACAUCAUAGAGGCCGUGAGAAACUGUGGAGAUCGACGAUCCUCGCUCAUCUUCCUCAAACAGGAGUGUGGCAUCUGUUUCUCUUAUUAUCCCAUGUCUAAGAUCUGUAAGCUGGGGACCUGUCAUUGUAACAUGUGUUAUGAGUGUGUGAAGCAGAACUUUGAGGUUGUAAUCAGGGAGAAGCAUGUCCGUAACUGGUGCUGCCCCCUGUGUGAUUUGCCAGGCCUGGAAGAUGAAGAGAGUGCCUCGGAAUACUUUGAGUUCCUCGCCCUGCUGCUAAACAACAUGGUCUGUAAAGAGGUGAUGAUGGUUUUUGACAUCAAGUUGAGAGACUGGCACCUGCAGAAAGACCCAAACUUCAGAUGGUGUGCUCAUUGUGUGACUGGGUUUAUAUGGGACCAGCCGGAUCGUCUGGAGAUGACAUGUGUUAGCUGUCGGAAGAAAACUUGCUUCCUUUGCAAGAGAAAGUGGGAGAGGGCGCAUGAAGGUCUGACGUGUGAGCAGUUCACCCAGUGGAAGAUAGACAAUGACCCGGAUAAACAGGCCAAGGGCGUUCAACUAUACCUUGAGGAAAAUGGCAUCGAUUGCCCAUCAUGCAAGAUGCGUUACAGCCUAGCGAAGGGUGGAUGUAUGCAUUUCACGUGUCCCCAGUGUGGAUACCAGUUCUGUAGUGGGUGCUCACAGGCCUUCCUCAAACAAGAGCAAUGCAAGCAGCUGCGUUCGUGUGGGGGGAAGGGCCUUCAUUGUCACCAUCCCAGGAACUGCUACUACUAUCUCCGUGACUACGAACCUUCUGAACUCCAGAAACUACUUAAGAACCACGAAGUGGUGUACAACACAGAGUCACAGGCUACAGGCCCUGACCAAAAGCAUUGCCAAGUGAUGGAACAGAAGGAGUAUGGAAGGGACAAAAAGGAUGAAGCCUGUGGAAAGGACACAGAGGAGGGCACAGCUGGGCUAUGCAUGGGUCACUACAAGGAGUACCUGGUAGGCCUAAUCAACAAGCAUGGUAUAGAUCCCUUGGAGACCAUGACCGUGGACCAGAUGAAGGUACUCAUAGAACGCAUGGAGAAGCAGAUGCCCCCACUUGGGAAGAACGAGGCAGUGGAUAGAUACCGCCGCAGGGUCGAGAAGUUUAUAAAGGAUUCAUGGAAGCUUCCGGGAAGACCGUAGAAAAGUAGAAAGGAGUUUAAUCCAGCCACUGAUUGGCUUAGAUAUAUGAAAAAUGUAUUUCAUAUAAAAAUUGGAUAUACUAUUGGCACCAUUCUCCUCUGUAUAAAGGAUUUUUUGACUUUGUUGAACAUUUUCACUAUGAUGCUUCAUGAAUCGAGUCACAGUAGAGUAAAGAACUCGAGUAUUUUUCUUCAAAAAUCUAUAUGUUAGCCUAUUGAAAUGUACUUGAAGUCUGCAUCAGACGUUGUGAAUAGGUCAUCAAAUGUGUCAUGUUAGCAGGAAUAUUCUGCAGGACAGCUGCAUGCUUAUUUUUAUACAGCUUGUUUCCUAUGUCAUGCUUUUAUUUACAUUCCCAAACUAAACCACUGCUAAUUAUCAAAUGCUGGAAGCUGCCAUUGCCUUAAUCUGUGAUUAUUAUUGCAUGAGUAAAUAUAUUUUAAUUACUUACUGUUGUUUUAUAUUUUGUUAUUUGUUUAUGUAUCAUAAAGCCUUUGUUGAUUAUAAAGAAUAGCAAUAAAAAAAAAAGA